CUGAAUGUAUGUCUGGCCAAAAUGAUGACUGGAAAGUUUUAACAGGUUGCUUUCAUUCCUUCCACAAUACCUGUUUGAAUGGCUUAAAUUCAUGUCCCUUAUGUAAGGACUUCCUGAAAAAGAAAGUUCAAGAACUUGGUCAAACUGCAAAACAAGCAAUUCUUAAUCCUAAUUCAAGCACUGAAGUACCAGCUGUGAGCAAGGGCAAGGAAAAUGAAAGAUCUGAUUCAGGGUUAGAUUCACCCACUGAAACUACAACUGCAAGAGAAAUGGAGCAAGAUGAAUUUGAAAAUACUAUAAGACAGCUUAAUCAUGAAAUUGCAAGUCUUAAUCCAACUUCACAACCAUUCCCAAUUUCCAGCAAUAACCAAAGACUCACAAAAGCUGCUUCCAACACCAGAGAAACAACUACUAAGGUCCCUCCACACUGCAGAAAAUGCCACCAUCCUGUUUGUGGAUACAAAAGAUCAAACAGUUCACAGGUUAAAUGUGAUUUUUGUCCCAACAAUGUCUGCACAGUAAAUUCAGGCAAUAGUUUCUCGAGAUGCAACUGUUCAUGGCACAGGGAAAACCACACACAGAGAGACACUCCACCAGCUCCAGCAUACCAAAUAACUGUAACCACAAACCAGCAUGUGGAUGUGACUGAGUGGCUCUUGCCUCCAAAUAUUUGCCAAUCAACCAUAGCAGGGAGUCUGAUUGGAAGUAAUGCCUGUACAGUUAUUGCUAUGCUAACUGGAUGCCAUAUUCUUGAAGGUAAAAUUUUCAUUCCUCAACAACUUCAAGAUCUGUCACAGGUAAUUCCUCUCUACAGCCAGCUAAUUCUCAAGGGGAACCAUAUUUACAGCUUAUUUCAUGUGCCUGUGCAACAACCAAACCUGGAAGUCAAAGAGGUCCUUCAGUACAACAAAAUGUGUCCAAGUAGUUGUCUUUCAUUUUGUUUCGGGCGAAGAGGACAUAUUAUUUGCUAAAUAAAGGUGAAAAAA